AUGAGUACCGUUAGUACGGACAACGUGUCAAGCACAUACACCACCACUAACAUGGGUGUCGGAAGCAUUGGACCGAUCACCUGGGACGAUGCUACAUGGAUCCUUACAAGCUCGUUUAUUAUUUUCACAAUGCAAUCAGGUUUUGGACUACUGGAAGUUGGGUGUGUUUCGGGAAGGAACGAAGUGAACAUCAUGAUGAAGAACGCUGUAGAUGUUAUAUUUGGAGGCCUCUCCUACUGGGCCGUAGGAUUCGGUCUCAGUUUUGGGAUGGAUUAUGGUUCGAACCCUUUCUGCGGUGUCGGUUCAUUCUUCGUUGACUCGUCUGACGAACGCAUGGGUCUUCUAUUUGCCACGUUUGUUUUCCAGUUGUCAUUCGCUACCACAGCAACAACCAUAGUCUCUGGAGCUAUGGCAGAGCGAACCAAAAUGACGGCUUAUAUCCUGUUUUCGAUAACGAACACAGUGGUAUACUGUAUACCUGCGCAUUGGGAAUGGGCGACAAAUGGGUUCCUGAGAACCAUGGGAUGUGUCGACAUUGCAGGUUCCGGUGCUGUGCAUCUCACUGGUGGUAUGUCUGCUAUGGUGGCCGCCAUCAUUCUUAAACCCCGUUUGGGAAGAUACGACAAAGGAACAGGUCAGAAAACGCCACCGAAUCCAGUCAGUGCCCUCGUUGGCAUGUUUAUGCUUUGGUGGGGUUGGCUGGCCUUUAAUUGCGGUAGUACUUUUGGGAUAUCCGGUGGAAAAUGGAAACUUGCAGCAAAAUCAGCCGUCACAACACUUAUUGGAUCUAUGGGAGGAGGUGCCACCGGCGUCAUUAUAUCGUACAUCAUCAGCCGGAAGUACGCCGUCGACUACCUGGUGAACUGUGUACUCUGUGCUCUAGUGUCCAUCACAGCCGGCUGUGCCGUGAUCAGACCGUGGGAAGCCCUCCUCAUUGGAGCUAUAGGAGGAGUCAUUUGUAUCGGUUCGACCAAACUCAUGGACAAAAUGAGGAUCGAUGAUCCUGUGGGAGCGACUGCCGUACACGGGGCAGGUGGAAUAUGGGGCAUGCUAGCAGUCGGCUUGUUUGCCGAGAAUGAACCGUUGGAGAAUACAACCCAAGGACGGGCUGGAGUGUUUCACGGGGGAGGUUUCUACUUGAUGGGAAUACAAAUGCUCUCGAUUGUUUGUCUAGUAGCGUGGAGUGCAGUGACCUCAUUUCUACUACUUAUGGUUAUCAAGUACACAGUGGGCCUUCGUCUGAGUGAGGAGGAGGAGCGUCUUGGUGCGGACAUCGUCGAACACAACAUUGGUGCGGAUAUGUAUGGAGGUCAGUUCCUUGGUAGACCGGACAGUGUCUGUGCACUGGGUCGACGAGACACGCUUCUGCCAUGUAACCAGGUCCCUAAUGGCGAAACAACAGCCGGCGACACCAACGACUCCACGAGACGCCGGGACUCUGUUGCUUCCAGAAAGUUAAAGACCGUGUCUCCCGGGCCGGUUCAACAGCAACGCAGACCGCUUCGACGGCAGGACAAAGUAGUGCCUGAUAGUAUACCAGGCCAGUGUAUUCUGUACCAAGAGAACCAAGCCACCACGAGCAAUCCUAAAAGAACCAAGCCAUCGCGAGCAUCCCCAAGAUACCAAACCUUCACUAGCAUCUCCAAAGGAGCCAAGCCGUCACGAGCAUCCCCAAGGCAACCAAGCCAUCACGCGCAUCCCAAUAGAAACCAAGCCAUCAUGAGCAUUCCCAAGGCAAACGGCCUUCGCGAACAUCUCCGAAGGAGCGAAGCCGACACGUGCAUCCCCAAGGGAAUCAAGCCUUCACGAGCAUCCCCAAUGCAACCAAGCCAUCACAAGCGUUCCCUUGAGAGAAAAGGCAUAACAAGCAUCCCAAAGGGAACCAAGCCAUCACAAGCACUCCCAAGGCAACCAAGCCUUCACGAGCAUUCCCAAGAGAACCAAGUCAUCACGUGCAUCCCCAAGGGAACCAUGCCUUCACGAGCAUCUCCAAGGGAACCAAGCCAUCACGAGCAUCCCCAAGGCAACCAAGCCUUCACGAGCAUCCCCAAGAGAACCAAGCCAUCACGUGCAUCCCAAAGGUAA